AUGGCGACUUGGGGCACCUGCGUCCUCCUUCUCUGGAUCAGCUUCGGGCCGCUGUCAGCCGAGCCGCAGGUGCCUUUAGAUGUGGCCGCUCGCGCGGCGGGCUGUCAUGCAGAGAGUGACAAACUCAGCUGUUUGCUGCAGAAGCUCUUCGCCCCGAGUGAGGAGCAGGCCGCGGCUGCGGCGGAUCCCUCCAAACUUCCGACUCUGCCACAGCUGCCGGUCGAGUCCACCUUCGAAGGCCUGCUGCGCACAGGCCCCGCGCUCUUCGACGUGCCGCUGGGGGCUGGGGACGUGCUGGCCGUGCUAGGAAGUGCAGCAGGCCGGCUACCGCUGGUAGCAUUUCUGCUUGGCCUGGGCAGUCGGACGAUCGGCGUGGAGAAGGACCUCGUGCAGCACACGCGAGCUCUUCUCGCGCUACGCCGCUUAAGGGACCUCCUUUACACCUAUGGUUCCGACCUGGUUGACAGCAACGCAGCGUGCGAAGAUCAGGCAGCCAAAGGAGAAUGCACGAAGGAUCCGGCUACGAUGUCCAGGUGUGCGCUCUCGUGCUACAACAGGACACAGCCGACUCUACUGCAAUGGAAGGGUAAGACAGUGUCCUUCUUUCCACAAGCUGCAGCCAGCGCAAACCUCUCGGAGGUGACACUGGUCAUCCUGGAACAGGAUGGCCUCGCACCAGCAGACCGUGCGAGAGAGCUAGCCCCCAUCACUGCGAAGCUGGAGGCCGAGCUCGCCCCAGGAUCCGCCGUCUGGAGUCUGGAUCGGCUCAAGCUCCAGGGCGCCACGGCCCAGGAGGCCGAGCCCAGGGACCCGCCGGAGGAAGGCAAGCCAGAAAAGAAGCCAGUCAUGAUAACUGUGCCGGCUGGCGGCUUGGUGUUUCUCAAGCGCGUCCACGUGGCCACCCAAUGGUCCCGCGACGUGGCUUGCCACAUCUACUUGCGCGUCCCAGGGCCGCCGGCAAAGAUGCGGCCGGCUUGGCCCCUCUCAGUCGAGGCAGCACAGCAGCUGCAGCGAGCAGCAACAGAAGAACUUCAGCGCCUGGGAGCCAUGCGCCUCUCGGGCGCCGUCCUCUCAGAGAUGCGCUUCAUCGACGCGAGCGUGGCCGCCUACGGCGCGCGCGAGAUAGGUGCGCGGCGCCUCGCGAGGGCGUUUGGCGCUCCGGUGGCCGCAUUGGGCUCUGCCGGGCCAGACUGGUGUCGAUGCAGGCCUCGGAAGAAUCAGGACUUGGCAUACGAGGUGGGCGCGCUCAGCCUCAUGGCCAUGUUCAUGCAGGCAGUGCACAGUCCCAGGAAUCAAUGCACGCUUCCGCCCUGCACAGGAACGGACAAGCUGGUGGCUGUGGCCAUCGCCGAGUUGCGCAAGCAGCUGCUGUCAGGGAACGCAAGCGCCGAUCUCCCGCCCCAAGCACUCAGAGACCUCGGCUGCCUCCGGCUCUCGGACCAGCGAACGCUGUUGCAUGCGGCCCUUGGGCGCAAGGACUUGCAGCUGGCUCGGGCCGUCUUGCGAAGCCAGGGCCACGGCGGCCUUUUUUGCCGCGACUCCGAGGGCCGCACGGUGCUCCAUCAUGCGGCUGCAGGCGGCAGCCGCGCAUCAGAGCUUCAGGGCCGCGAGGCGAACCUGUCUGGUGCUCUGCAGCCCCGCGUGAAUGCCAGCGCGGCCACUGAAUGGGUUCUGUCCCAGAUGCACUCCCAUGCUCCAGACAUGGUGCUGGCGACAGACUCUGCAGGGCGUUCGGCGGCAUUUUCCGCCGAGGAUGCUGCCACGCUCAGGCUCCUGAGGCAGGCGCCUCAAAACCUGGACCUGGGAGCCACUGACAUCGCGGGCCGGGGUUUGGUUUGGUAUGCAGCGGCUCUGAAACGGAACCCGAUUCUGGUCGAGCUCCUCUGCGAGGAGGGCGACCUGCCCCCGAGGCGCAACGAGUCUGGUGCCGCCAACGCCACAGUGCCGGCCCGAACACCCGGUCCAAAGGCCAAGAAAGCCUUGGAAGCAGGUGCCCAAGAUCCGAGAGCAUCGCCCUUCCUGGCCGCCGUGCGGCAGCAUGCAGGGCUGCAGUGCACAGGCCUGGCGAAGGUCCCGCCGGAGCAGAUUGCGGAGACCUGGGACGUGCUGGCCCACUGUGGAGGCUUGGAGAGAGCGAAAAAGAGAGAGAGAGAGAGAGAGAAAGAAAGAAAGAAAGAAAGAAAGAAAGAGGAAGUGCUUGUCGAACGUCGUGUUUUCAUUCUAAGACGGGACCUUCUUCCAAACUAG